AUGGUGCAAGUCGCGUUGCUUUGUGCGGUCGUUGGAUUACCUCGAAGUACUUUCGUCGUGGAUAUCGACACAGAUAGAUCAGUGGCUCACUUGAAGAAAGACAUAAGGGAUGAGAACACAGUGGAUGUCCUGUGCGAUGCUAGAGAGCUGCGGCUCUUCCUGGCGAAAAAAGAUGGGGCGUGGCUGCGAGACGACGGUGAUUUGGACAGACUGAUUCAGACACAAGGAAUUCUCGAUGGGAUGGAGGAGAUGCGCGCGUCUUGGCGAUUAAGAAAGCCCAGUCUGUUUGGUACCGGUCUUUUUCUUGAAGAAGACGUUGUCCACGUGCUGGUGAUGCUUCCGCCGACUAUGGUCAGUCCGUUAGGCAAGUCGAUCACUGUGGGCGGUGUCACGACUCCCGUCACGUCCACGAUGAUGAAGUCACCACGGGUCGAUUUCUGGAAAGCUUUUCGAACGAUGAAUACCCCGGUCGUAGCGGACGCUGUGAUCACGUUACCUGAAAAGACAUAUAUACUUGAUGAAUCUGAGCUUGGCUCCCAUAUAUACGUUCGUCCAUGUUACCCGCACUUAUGGGAUCUUUGUCGAAGCAUUCUUGACGGGAAGAAAGGAACUUAUAAGCGCCUUAUCAUCCUCGGUACCCCAGGAAUUGGCAAGACUUACUUUUGCUUUUUGGUGUUGCUGUAUCUUGCACAAGAUGGAGCUACGGUGAUUUACGAGAGUUCCGAAGUGAAGGGGGAACGUACUCUAUUUUCCAGCAAUCUGGUGGUCGUAGGAUCGAAAACGGAUUUUGAAAUCUUUCUUAAGCAGCGUAAAACGUUUUACGUCGUGGAUGGUGUCAAACCAUCACGCGUGAAGGCGAAGACAAUGCUUGUAACGUCGCCACGCAAAGAGGUUUGGCAUAAGAUUUGUCAACGAAAAUGCGCGAGGUUGUUCAUGCCAGUGUGGUCAAAGCAAGAGAUUUUUAAGUGUCGUGAGCUGUUGUAUUCGAAUACUCCCGUGGAGAUUGUGGAGAAAAGGUAUAUGAAGUGGGGCGGCGUUGCGCGCUACGUCUUAGAGUAUGCUGAGGACAAAGCAGUGCAAAAAUCGCUAAAGGAGGCAAUUACCAAAUCUAAUUUGCAGAUGAUACUCACAGCAAGUGUCGAAUCAAACGGGGUGGAGAGUGACGUCUCGCAUCGGCUAUUCCACUUUCGAGUCAACCACGAUUCGUGUUACAAGAGUUUGGACUUUGCAUCAGUCUACAUCGCCCAAAAAGUUUUUGAAAGGUUGUAUGAAUGUGGGAGAAGGGACCUAAUCGAUUUUCUUGCUGCUUCGCAUGAACUCAGCGAAGAUGCGGUGAAACGGGGAAUUCUGUUCGAGCGAUUCGCACUUUCAUUGCUGUCGCAAGGGGGGACAUUUGAAUCUCGGCACUUAAAACCGAAAGAUUCUGCUACAGAUGGUGACGAAGACGAGUGCAAAUCAAAAUGCGUCGCUGUUGAUAGUGAAGGUGAUGUUACGAUGUACAAGCGCGCAGAGUCAGAAUGA